ACCUCUCUCAGGACUACAUUUCCCAUAGCUAAGGCCGCGACGCCCAUUGGUGUACGGGAAGCCGUGGGAACCUGCGGCCAAGUGAGUGUGAGACGGGCGGUGCUCACGCUCGGCGGUAAGAGGCCAAGACUGAGCAGGGUGCGGAAAGGGACCGCUGGCUCCGCCUUCAGUCUCUACCCUUCGGAGGAGGACAUCAUUUGCCGCCGCCGCCGCUGCUGCUACUGCGGCCGCCACUUAAAGUUUUCUUAGACUCAGGGCUCCCCUGCCGCAGAGUUCAGGGAGGAAAAGCGGAGCCGAGGCGCCGGUGUCCCACAUCUUCACACGGCCUUCUGCCCGAUAUUGCCCCGGCUAGGAUGGGCGACAAAAUGUGGCUGCCCUUCCCCUUGUUCCUCCUGGUCGCUUUGCCCCUAGAGCCGCUGCCGGGGGCGGCCGGCUUCGCGCCUUCCUUAGACAGCGACUUUACCUUUACCCUUCCGGCCGGCCAGAAGGAGUGUUUCUACCAGCCCAUGCCGCUGAAGGCCUCGCUGGAGAUCGAGUACCAAGUUUUAGAUGGAGCAGGAUUAGAUAUUGAUUUCCAUCUUGCCUCUCCAGAAGGCAAAACUUUAGUUUUUGAACAAAGAAAAUCAGAUGGAGUUCACACUGUAGAAACUGAAGUUGGUGAUUACAUGUUCUGCUUUGACAAUACAUUCAGCACCAUUUCUGAGAAAGUAAUUUUCUUUGAAUUAAUCCUGGAUAAUAUGGGAGAACAGGCACAAGAACAAGAAGACUGGAAGAAAUACAUUACUGGUACAGAUAUGUUGGAGAUGAAACUGGAAGACAUCCUGGAAUCCAUCAACAGCAUCAAGUCCAGAGUAAGCAAAAGCGUUCAUAUACAAACUCUACUUAGAGCAUUUGAAGCUCGUGAUCGAAACAUUCAAGAAAGCAACUUUGAUAGAGUCAAUUUCUGGUCUAUGGUUAAUUUAGUUGUCAUGGUGGUAGUGUCAGCCAUUCAAGUUUAUAUGCUUAAGAGUCUAUUUGAAGAUAAAAGGAAAAGUAGAACUUAACACUCAACUACUUAACAAAAUUGAAAAAAAAGGCAGAAAAAUGCAAUAAGUUGUUACCAUUAAUAGUCAAGACCAUUAGUCUUUUCCAAAAUGUUUUCAGGCAUUCUUAGUAAUUGUAAAACAAGUAUAAUUUUAAUGUAAAAAUCUUCACUUUCUGUGCAAGUUAGUUUAUUGAUCAUUAUACUUGUGUAUAAUGGGAAUAUUUUACAAAAUGUUAAGUUUAAUUGAAUUAAUCCAUAUUAAUAAUUAUUUUUCUAAGUUUGAAAAUAUUUUACAAAUACCAUUUGUGAAUUAAAUGAAUUAAUACUGGGCAUAAAUGCAAUACUCUACAACCUGCUUUUAGAUACUUUUUGGUAAUGAUGGUAAUUACAAAUUGCAGGUAUUUUUGAUACAUCAAGUUAUAAAUCAACUGAGAAUUAUGUAAUUAUGGGUUGAAUAUAUCAACUUUUUUCUAUUUACAUAUGUAUCUCUUCUAAAAGAUAGAUACCUUUAAAAUAAAAUAACAUUUUUGAGAUUUUUAAAGCAAAAUAUAUUUCAGUAUAAAAUAUUAGCAAAAAGUAUUAAUUUUAUAUACUUAGCCUACAUUCCCAAAAGCUGACACUUUAUUAAUUCUUCAAACUGCAAAGGCAUAUUUUCUCAUUAAAUUACGACAAGUUUUCUCUUUGAAAGGAAAUGUAAUUAAAGGUUUUCUGAAUUGAGGAUAUAUAAAUAAAGUGUGCUCAAUUUCCAUAAGGAUGCAUUCAGUCACAAUAGCUAAAGUACAGGAUUUUAAAAUUAAAAGAGAUAAAAUAAAUUUAUUUUUAUAUUAUCUGUCAAUAGUGUUAUGCAAGUUUUAACAUGAUUAUUGACUUUGAUAACACAUUACCAGCAAUUGUGAAGGAAAUUCUGCUCAAAGGAUCUAGAUCCAGUGUAAAUAAAUGUUUUUUUUUUCUGAGUUCUCAAAAUUAUCAGACACAAAAAGAAUUGAGGUAAACUUGAGAACAGCUGAUUCAAAAUAAAGUUUACUUAAGUAGAACUAUAAAUAAAUAUCUGCAAUCUGAUAUGCUCAUUAUGAAAUCCUAAUCCUAAAAUAAAUCAUGAGGAAUUUCUAGUUAACUGAAAAAAAAAAAUGUAUUUGACUUUAUUUUCUACAAUUACUGUUUCAAAAUGUCUUUCAUAACUAUUCAGGAACUAUUUAUGAAAUGUAAGAUCCACUAUAAAGUUUAGCUUUGGGUGUAAAUAUAACUUCCAUAAAAUGAUCUUUCUAAUCAAUUUAUUGACAUUGAAAGAUUAGAAACAGAGGCUCAAAUUAUAAACACCUAACGUAAAUAAGCCAUAUACACAUGAGACUCUGCAACCAUAGUUUACUGUCUGUAGAAUCUUGAACAGUAAUUAACUUCAUUAUGAAUGAAACAAUUUUAAAGUUAUACCCAUUUGUAAUAUAAUAAAUAGAUUGUGAGUUAGAAACAAUCAAAUUAAAAAUUUGGAUAUAGAACCCAUCUAUAUAUUGAUGGAGAAUUUGAGGAAUAAUGAUACCCAGGGAAAUGUGAUAUUUAUAAUUUAUGCUCAGAGUGGUACAGAGAAACAUUUGCCUCCUCCUUUAAGGCCCUUGUGAGAAAAA